UUUUUUUUUUAAAUAAAAAAAUUGAUAACCAUGGUUCUGUUAACCACGCCAGAGUACUCCCUUCCAUUCCAAACAAUCAAACAUCAAAGAGUACUCCCUCCUUGGUUUCCGUACCAUUUGCAAUCUCUCUCUCUCUCUCUCUCUUUGUUUCUCCAAAUAUGGAGUCUCCUAUCAUUCUCAACUACUUCACAAUUUCUGUCUCUUGCUUUUGCAUGCUUUUGUUGUAUGCUUCCACACUGAACCUUGUGUUUGCUCUGAAAAAUUGUACCUUUCCGGCAAUCUUCAACUUUGGAGACUCAAAUUCUGAUACCGGUGGAUUAUCUGCUGCCUUUAGUCCACGGACACCCCCUUAUGGGGAGACCUUUUUUCACACGCCUGCUGGAAGGUACUCAGAUGGCCGCCUCAUUAUCGAUUUCAUGGCAUUGAGUUUUGGUCUCCCGUAUUUGAGCGCAUAUCUUGAUUCCUUGGGGACCAACUUCAAGCACGGUGCCAAUUUUGCCACGGCCGCCUCCACAAUCAUGCUACCAGCAACAAUUAUGCCAACUGUAGGUGGAUAUAGUCCCUUCUACCUCGAUGCCCAAUACAUGGAAUUUGUGCAGUUCAAGAUCAGAUCACAAAUAAUAAGGCAAAAGGGAGGAAUAUAUGCAAAUUUAAUGCCCGAGAGUGAAUAUUUUCCAAAAGCUUUGUACACAUUCGAUAUCGGUCACAAUGAUCUUGGUGAGGGGUUUAGCAACAUGUCUAUAGAGGCAGUCAAUGCUUCUGUCCCCGAUAUAGUCAACAACUUCUCUAUUAAUGUUAAGAGAGUAUAUGAUUUGGGAGGUAGAUCAUUUCGGAUCCACAACAUAGGACCAAUUGGUUGCCUGCCCUAUAUCUUGACCAAUUUUUCAACAGCUGAAAGGGACAACUAUGGUUGCGCAAAGCCCUAUAAUGAUGUUGCUCAAUAUUUCAACUACAAGUUGAAGGAGGCCAUAGUUCAGCUUAGGAUCAGUCUUCCUUUAGCUGCAAUUACACAUGUCGACGUCUACUCUGCCAAGUACUCUCUAUUCCGUGAACCAAACAAAUAUGGAUUUGAGCUUCCACUUGUUGCUUGUUGUGGGUAUGGAGGGAAGUACAACUAUAACACUAGUGUUGGGUGUGGAGGAACAAUCACAGUGAAUGGAAGCCAAAUAUUCGUGGGUUCAUGUGCACGCCCCUCAGUCAGAGUAAUUUGGGAUGGAGCUCACUACACCGAGGCUGCUAAUAAGUUUGUUUUUGACCAAAUUUCAACCGGAACCUUUUCAGAUCCACCCAUACCCUUGACAAUGGCAUGUCAUCGCCUUUAGUUAAAUGCCCCCACUCAAAAAUAAAUAAAAUAAAAUGCCCUUGCAUGUGGCAUCAUAUUUGAAAGAUUGAUAUUAAAUAUUAAUAUCAAUGAUUCAAUAUGAAGUGUUUAAUUAUUAUAUAAGUUAAUGUCUAAUAAUUGUAAACCUAGUAUAAGCUGUAAUACUCAUUUCAUUAUGGAAAUUAAAUGC